GCUAAUCGGCAGCAAGGUAUUUGUCCCUUCUAGUUCAAUACAUCUUAGCGUGCAGCCAAGAUUCCUGUAACCAAGCUUAUAGAGCAGGCACCAAGGCAAAACUGUACAAGCAAGUUUACUUGGAACCAUAAAGCCAUUGAAACCUGUAAAUAAGCUCAACAGCAGUCGAAGUACAACUCUUGGCUUUAUUUAUCUGUAGAACGCAUCCGGAUUAGCAUGAGAGAAGUGGAGUGCCUUCUUAGCAAUAAAGGAGGCCUUGUUAACCCCUUCGGGCCUGGGUUCCAGUUUAGUACCAGACCAAGCAUCGCCAAGCAAAAGUUUGACUAUAAGCAAGUCUGGAAAGAAGUAAUUGCCAUUAUUCAUACCUAGGUGUAUAAGUAUACCCAGGGAGAGUCUCUUGCGAAGGGACUUCCAAUCACAGAUUAUAUUAUUCAGGAGAACCUGAAGAAAGACAUCAUUUGCCACAUCAAACUUUUGAGUAAUGCGAAACAUCUGUUGUUCCAGGACAAAGAAAUGUUCAGAGAUUACCUGGCUGAGGUAUUCAUUGAUCCUCUGCUUCCGAAAGCAGAGUGGAACAAUAAAAUAAAAUAACCUCGUUAUGGAAUUACAGUAACAGUCUUAGUAAUAAUAUAACUAGACAUCUUAUUAAGGAUGAAGAGUUCUUUCAGGAACUCAAAUAAUGUAAGCUAUGAGGCUGUGCUAGAUUCGAACUUACAUUACAAUAGGACAAGUUCCCGAUGACAAAGAAAGCAGAGAAGAAGCUCAAAGGCUUACUGGCAGCUCAAGAUCUCAAUGAUUGUCAAAGUACUUUUGGAUGUCUACUCCAAUACAGAAAGCAGUCUUUCCCCAACCAAGAGGAAAGGUCCUACAAGGGCAAACAGCUCAAACACAUUAGUGUCUUUUGUUGAGUUGUCAAUGAAGAAGAAAAUAGACUCAAACAGUUUCAAGAGAUCAAAGCACAAGUAGGCCUUGUCUGAACGACCAUUCAUAGGGUUGAAACAUUAACCAAGAAGAAGAUAGUGAGGUUACUGUUUACCAUAGAUCAAACGAUUCUUCAACUCAAAAGCAUUUCUCAAGCACCAAGAACGGUUUGGCAAUCUCCUGGAUGACUCUAACUCAUUUGAACGGUUCAAUGCCUAUAAGAGAACCAGCUUCCUGACCACGUUCAGCAGCCAAGCUGAUAUGGCUCAGCGUAGUAGGCUAGCCAUAUAAAUUAUAGAGAAAAUGAAGAAACAUAAAGGUAUUUAUUAAUGCUAUUUCAGGCAAGAAAAUGACAAGUUCAUCCAAAAUCAGAGACAAACAGCCCAGUAACCUCAAAAGCCUCAAGAAAAAUUGUAUAUUCUGCAUAACUCCUAGUCUUUAGAGAUGUCAGGUCACAAGGAGGUCCUCGGAAUGACAAAAAAACUCUUGGAAAGAGUCGCUUUAAUAAGUCUUUCAAGUAUGGUAAAGAGAAGGAAAAGACGAUGGAUCAUACAAUUACUCAAACUCCUAAGAAAAAAAAACCGUAUGCUUCCGUUCCCUAUCUCUUCUUUUCUACUUUACUUUGAUGUUUGACACAUUAGGUAUGCACUCACUCAAAAGUUCCUGAGGAGCAAAGAAAUCAUCCAGAAUCAAGGCAUGAUUUUACGGCUAAAGCCAAGGCUACGAACAGGGUACAACCUGGGACGUUCAGAGAAGCCUAAGAGGUACACCAGUCCUAGAACAACCACAUUUCCUAAGCCAGGAAACCUGCAGAAGAUCAUCAGCACAAUGAAGAGGGUCAGGUCGCCGGAAGUGCGAUUUGGGAGCUUGCACAAUUUCUUUGAUCAACGAAAAGACCGUACAAUGAUGUCUCCUCAGAAAUGGGACUUAACAAGUUUCGCAAAGGUGAAUUUGAAGGAAUCCAAAGACAGAAAGCGGCUUUUAGGUAUGAUCCAGAGCAAGCUGAGAGAUUUGUAAUCAGAAAAUUCUUGCACUCUAAGAUAUUCAAGAUCAAUA